GCAUACAUGGCUCCUGGUAUCUCAAAUGAGAAGAAAACUGAUGAUGAACAGUCUUCAAAAGAGAACUUUAUCCAUCUCUGCAACCCUCACCUGGAGAAAAUGAAAGAAGACAUCCUGUACCAUUUUGCUCUUGGGACUGGUACCCAUGAUUUUCCGGCAUUGUUUGGAGAUGUAAAGUUUGUAUGUGUUGGAGGAAGUCCGUCACGGAUGAAAGCUUUUAUUGCCUACAUAGCUGAAGAACUGGGUCUUGGUAGUCCCACUGGUGACUAUCCUAACAUCUGUGCGGGAACUGACCGUUACGCAAUGUACAAAGUGGGACCUGUUUUGUCAGUCAGUCAUGGUAUGGGCAUUCCUUCUAUUUCAAUUAUGCUGCACGAGCUGAUCAAACUGUUGCAUCAUGCCAAGUGUUCCAACAUAACCAUUAUUCGCAUUGGCACCUCUGGUGGAAUAGGUCUGGAGCCAGGCUCAGUGGUUAUAACUAGGCAGUCUGUAGAUGCCACCUUCAAACCUCAGUUUGAACAGGUUGUUCUGGGAAAGACUGUGAUUCGCAGUACAAACCUAGAUGAACAGCUAGCUCAGGAACUGAUGCAGUGCAGUAAAGAAAUCAAUCAAUUCAAUACAGUCAUUGGAAACACUAUGUGCACUUUGGAUUUCUAUGAAGGACAGGGCAGGUUGGAUGGUGCAAUCUGCUUAUAUAAUGAAGAAGAGAAACUGCAGUAUUUGAAGGAAGCUUAUGAUUCUGGAGUCAGAAACAUAGAGAUGGAGUCUUCCGUAUUUGCUGCGAUGUGUAAUCUCAGUGGUGUCAAAGCUGCCGUAGUGUGUGUCACUCUUCUGAAUCGGCUUGAAGGGGAUCAGAUUAGUAGCUCACAUGAUGUACUUGUGGAGUAUCAGCAGAGACCGCAGAAGUUAGUGGGUUACUUCAUUAAGAAAAGUCUUGGGAAGGUAUGAGAUAUCCAUCUUUGUUUUUUAGAAGCAAAAGGCUUUCGCACAGCUGAGGUCAUGGUCAUGACUUCUGUGCAUUAAAGGUCUUUUGCCUCAGAGUAGCUUAGAGCAUUCUGUGUGUCCACGGAAGUUAAUAAUUUGUCACUGUACUUUGGGAACUGAAUGCUGAAUGGACUUCAGCUAAGUUGUGCUUAGUUAUGCGUUGUUGGAUGUAAGACUUGCUUUUCUGUGAAUUAGAAAGUGGAUCUGUUGUGAAGGACAAGCCUGCUAUAAUAUACGAGAAAUUUUUAUUUAUCCCUGCUGUACAAGAAAAAACAGAAAGAAAAUCAAACUUUAUUGCCAAGUACUUGCAAACCACCAAAUUAAAAUUAAGAAUGCUAAUCCUUUUCUUGUUGUUAUAAAAAUUAUAUAAGUUAUA